AUGGCAGCUAUCGCAAGCUGCAACGUCACUCUUAAGACCAUGAAUAUACAUAUUGGGAGCCUAAAAGAGGACAUAUCUAUAAUUCGCCAUGACUUACACAAAGUGGCGGACCAAACUACAGAGGUGCAACGGAGGGUGUCGGAUCUGGAAGAUGGCGCCAAAACGCUGCAUGAUGCCGGUAAAGCAACAGCAAAAGAUAUAGUGGCGCUGUACGCCAAAACCGAUGAUCUUGAAAAUCGCUCACGUCAAAACAAUAUUCGGCUAGUGGGGGUGCCGGAGAAAAUAGAGGGUCCGAACCACACGGAUUUUAUAGAAAAGUGGAUUGCUGAGAAAUUCCAAGACAAAGGCCUCUCUGCAAUAUAUGCCGUUGAACGAGCACAUCGUGUUCCAACCCGACCGCUGCCGCACGGUCGUCCACCUCGUCCGAUACUUGCUAAGAUCCUGCACUAUAGGGACAGAGACACUGUACUUAGAGCCUCUAGUACCCAUCCUGACCUGAAGAUCAAUGGGAUUCACAAAUUAGAUAAAGCUGUGGCGGCCGCACAUACUUUUUACGUGGGGAACCCCGACCACCUGGAGAUGCAGCAGAACCUGGAAUAUUACAAGAUGAUGGCUGGUGUGUCCGAGUCAGACUUCAGAGAUCUGGAAGCCAAAGUCCACAUGCAAGAGUUCCGUCUUGGAGUGAGCGAUUACGCGGAUGAGGUGUUUCGAUCUGCCAUUGCUUAUUUCGAAAAAGCCUUGGAGGAAUAUCUCAUUGCAGAUGAUGAAUGCCGCAGCCUUUGUGAAGGACCCUAUGAUUAUGAUGGGUACAACUAUCUCGAUUACACUGCAGAUUUAUUCCAGAGUAUUACAGACCAUUAUGUGCAGGUGAUGAACUGCAGACAAGGCUGUGUCUCAGAACUGGCCAUACCGCCCGGCAAGGAGAAGCCCAAAGAAGACUUCCUUGCUUCACAUUUCAAUUACCUGCAGUUUGCAUAUCACAACACUGAGAAUUAUACAAAAGCGAUUGAAUGUGCCAAAACCUACCUACUAUUCCACCCUAAUGAUGAGGUCAUGAACCAGAACUUGAUCUACUAUACCGCCGUCCUGGGAGAGGAGAGUGCUUCUGUAAUCCAACCAAGAGAGAGCAUCCAGUCUUACAUUAAGAGAAGCUUACUGGAGAAGGAGUUGCUCUACUUUGCCUACGACAUCUUUGGAAUUCCCUUUGUGGACCCUGAUACAUGGACACCCAACAGUGUCAUCCCGAAAAGACUGAGAGAAAAACAGAAAAUGGAACGAGAAACUGCAGCCAGAAUAUCCGAGGAGAUUGGUAACUUAAUGAAAGAGAUUGAGAAUCUGGUGGAAGAGAAGACCAAGGAGUCAUUUGAUAUAACAAAAACUGUAAGAGAAGGUGGCCCAGUUUUAUUUGAUGAAGUCAGCGUAGUGAUGAAUUCGCAGACCCUCAAUGGAUCACAGCGAGUGGUGACCGACGGGAUCAUCUCUGAAGAUGAAUGUCGGGAACUGUUACGUCUUACUAAUGCCGCAGCCUCAGCGGGUGAUGGAUAUCGGGGCACAACCUCCCCUCAUACCCCGAAUGAGAAGUUUUAUGGAGUAACUGUGUAUAAAGCACUAAAGCUAGGGCAGGAAGGAAAAGUCCCGCUGAGGAGCGCUCACCUCUACUACAACGUCACCGAGAAAGUGAGGCGUGUGGUGGAGUCGUAUUUCCGCCUGGAUUCCCCCUUGUUCUUCUCUUAUUCUCACCUGGUCUGCCGUACAGCCAUCGAAGAAAAGCAAGCUGAGCGGAAAGAUUUGAGCCACCCUGUGCAUGUGGAUAACUGCAUUCUGAACGCUGAAGCUUUGAUGUGUAUAAAGGAGAACCCUGCCUAUACCUUCCGGGAUUACAGUGCCAUACUGUAUUUAAAUGGAGACUUCGAAGGAGGACAUUUUUACUUCACAGAAUUGGAUGCAAAAACAGUCACCGCCGAAGUAAAGCCGCAGUGUGGACGGAUGGUGGGAUUCUCAUCAGGGGCCGAAAAUCCUCAUGGUGUGAAAGCUGUAACCAAAGGCCAGAGAUGCGCUGUGGCACUGUGGUUUACCCUGGAUCCCAGGCACAAUGAGAGAGAGCGAAUUCAAGCAGAUGACUUGAUAAAAAUGCUGUUCAGUCCAGAAGAAACUGACAUAUUUGCCGGCAAUGGAUCAGAGGGGAAAACAGAUACGCAGGCUUCAGGAGAAAAGACAGAGCAAAGUUCUGGCACCCCACCAGAAGCACCCACAGCCCCAGGUGCCUCUAAACAAGGCGUACUCGGCCCCCCAUUAGACUCUGUGAAAUCAAAAACGGAAUUAUAACAGUAACUCGGACUUCGUCCUGCGGACUGCUGCCUUACACAAUCUGUGAAUCAGGGACUCACAUUGCCACAGAUCUCCAACCAAUUACCUUUAUGGUAUUUUUGAGUUUCCAUAAUUUUAAAAAUUGUAAUUUUAAUUUUUUGUUAUUGACUUUUCUUUUUUACCUGUCAGGAGGUACAGAACCCGCCCACUUACCGCAAUUAACUUUUUACGGAUUUACAAAAUAUAUGUCAAUUUGAGGAGAUUCGUUUUUAAAAAAAUUUUAAUUUUUUUUUUUUUUUGUGCAAUAAUUAUCCCCGGAGAUACAUCUAAAGGACUUUUUCUAUGACUUGUCUGAUGCGUUGGACACUUGUAGGAGAGAAUUAAAGGGGUUGUACAGCUUUUUUUUUUUUUUUUACUUUUUUAAGUUUCAACCCCAGUCUGCCGUACCUGUGGAAAAAUCCAUACUCGCCUUCUCCCCGGUGCUCCAUUCCAGUUUACUUUGUUGAUCUUUGGUUCUGAAUGGACAGGUUCACGUCCGCCACUGCAGCCAACGACUGGCCCCAGAAGUGACUUGUCCCCGAGCAGCACGUGACCCAGUCAUUGGCUGCAGCGGUGCCCGCGAUCCCGUCCAACUGGAAGUAUACAGACAGGGACUCGUGAAGUCAGAACGGAGUGGUGUGGUGCGGGUGAGUAUGGCUGGGGUGGAAAUUUUAAAAUGUAAUUGCUUGGCUGAGUUUGCCCUGUACUGUGGGACUUAACGUCAUCAAGAGAGGUAGAGCAAGGUUGGAAAUGACCCCAACAGAAAAUGGAACCCCCCCCCCCCAUUCACACAUACACGGAUACAGUUGUUUUUAUUUUCUGCUUUCCGCAGAUGGAGAAAUUAGUUUUCCAUUCCUUUUUAUUACAAAAAAAGAAACUUGGUGUUAACCGUAACCACCGACCAGAUUCUACCUAUCACUUUGUCCGUAGACGCUGUAAGCCUUUGAUUGGCUCCACAUAAUGAAUGCAACUUUUGUAUGCAGUGACUUAUACAUACAGUGCUUGCAGUGACCUCCUAUGUGCAAAUGGUGCUUUGUUUGUAUAUUUUAGGGCUCAUGCACACGACCAUAUGGCUUUUUCUGUGUUUUGCGUUCCAUUUUUUACUGAUCCGUUGUUCCGUUUUUUGUUUCCGUUUCUUUUCCGUUUUCCCGUAUUCC